UCAUGACAACUUAAUCCCGCCCCCCGUCGUCGUCACGGUAACCCGGCCCCUCCCCCUCUAAAGGAAGGAAGAUGGAGUCGCGCGUGGAGGAGCUUCGCUCUCUGCAGAGGCUCGUGGGCGGCCCCGCGACGCCGCUGGAGCGGCAGGCCGAGCGAGGGGUACCCGUGCUGCACGCGGGAGAUGGCUCCAGCGUCGUGGGGCUUGUGAGCGCCGCGUGUCACGUGGUGCGCGCGUCGGGGCAGCUGCAGCUGCUGGGGCUGGACGCGGAGGCCCGCGCCGUGGUGCAGCAGUGGGCAGAGUACGCGGUCGCCCUGGAGCAGGGAAACAAGGACUCCUUGAGGACUGCCCUCCGGGAGCUGAAUGACUACCUCGCAGACCGGGUGUUCGUAGUUGGCAACUACCUCACACUGGCUGACAUCAUGCUGUACCACAGGCUGCACCCCGUGUUGGCGGCGCUCUGCGUGCAGGAGCGAGAGCAGCACGUGAACGUGUGCCGCUGGUUCGACAACGUCCAGCGGUGGCCGCGAGUGAGGCAGCACCUGCCAAUGCUGGUCAUCCUCCGCAACAAGAUUUACUCCUGAAAACUGAGACCGCGUGAGACUGCGUGAGACCACGUCAUCGGUUUUCCACGCGGAGAGAAACCAGCCGGCGCACAGGAGCAGCAACACCGACGACGCGCGCUUUUCCCGGUCGCUCUCGCAUCGUUGUGAUCACCGUAACGUGGCCUCCGCAGUCGAGUGAAUUCCGUGGGUCUCCCCUGAGAGUCGGUUGGCUUCGAUCGAUUGUGGGUUUGGUACGGAUUUUUCCCAAUGUGACGACGCAAAGCGGUGACUUUUAAGACCAACACGAGCUGUGUUUGGAGAAGUAUCUGUAAAUGUUAAUUAAUUAAUACCGAUAUUACAAGCAAACUAUAGAAAUUCUGUUCACACGCUCGCACAGAGAAAAAUGGCAACUUGAUGAUAGUGUUUUUUUUAUUUUUGGACAUUGAUUGCUGGAGCGAUAAAUAAUAAUGGGUGGUGGUGACAUGGCUGAGCGGUCGCACAUCUGCUGCUUGUUGCAUAGGCUCGUGGUUUGAACCCCCCACGGCCACCCUGGUUAAUACUGCAAGCGCAUUGACAAUGCACAACGUCUGCUUCACGUUCGUGGAAAAAAAUGUGUGCUGGCAUCAUGGUCCAAAUUUGAAAAACGACUUAUAAAUGACUCGAUUAGGAGAACACUGUCGUUUUCUUUAAAAGUUUGUGCUUUAUUUCCAAAUGUAUUAUACAGGUAAGCACAUGCUGGCAACCUUGAUUGCAUCCCACGAGUGUUGUUAAAGAAGAGCAAAUUUAGUUCGUGCUCCACAAGUCACUGCCUGUUCAACACUUGGGGCUUCUUUCAAAUCUGCCAGUUGGACUUCAGCGGAGUGGAAUGCAUUUGGAAAGUGUAUGCGGGUAAAUCAAGUCCAUACCUGUCAACUCCUUAUCAGUGCCCUACAAUAUUACAGACCACUUCAGACCGUAUUGGUCACCCCGUGCCCUUACAAAUCUCAACGUUCAUCCUACAAAGUCCCAUCACAAGGUAGAAACACAGACAAUUAUUUCUGUUGUGCCCGUGUUGAAACGGCUAUAUGCCGUAUGGACCUGAAAACUAAAUUUCCCUGUACAAGAAUACGGGGUAAAGCGUGUGGGUUGACAGCUGUGAAAGUCCAAACUUGUGUAUAUUUGUCAACAGCAUUGUUUUACGUGAGAGAACAGAAGGGAAAUCGCGUAAUGUAUAAGAAGUGACGACCCGGGCACAUUGAUACUCUUCUGUAGCCAAUUGGCUUGUUUUGGGGUCCCUUGAAAAAUCUGUGGAAAAAAAUCGGUUUACAGCCACAUUAAUCAUGCGUACUGUGUAAUUGCCAAAAUAACGUUUUUCUGCAUGCAUCAUUUAUAAAGCCGGCUUGCGUAAACAUUUGUCUUCUUAUAGCAGGCUCCUCUAGAAUGUUGAUCUUUUCAACUGGUUGCAGUUUACAUUUGAAUUAACUUUAUUGCGUGUUCUUGUUGCCAUAAUAUUACAAGUACUGUACUGUAUGCCGUCACGUUAAUAAUGCCUGGUUUGAAAAUUGCCGAACAAUGUCCCCGUCUGUUCCUGUGUUGGUAUUUGGCAUGCGUCUGCGAUAUACAUCGAUUCCUUGUUUCAAGAAGGGUUGCCGCGUAUGGAGAUGCUACGAUGUAAGUGAGAUCCACGUUAAUCGUAUAGCCCGUUUUGCUAAAACAUUUAAUAUUUGUGAUUGUUUAUAUUUUAUUCCCUGCUGAAAUACAUGAUAUUACAAAAGCACAACACUGCAGUCGAGGUUCAGAAGAAAUGGCUGUUACCUAUUAAAUAAGUACUUUGCUAAAUGUUUAGCAGAGUAAUUGGCAAUUGUAUGACCUCGUUAUUGUCAUAGCUAAUUAAAUUACUUCCUACGGAACUGCCGGCCACGUAAAUCUAAAUUUAAGAUUGUAAGAGUGAAGCGAUUAGAAGACUCGUGGCGGCGGGCCUCUGUUGAGCGAACUGCUGUCCAUGCAUGUUGAAGCAAAUCUUCAUUUGUACUGGGAAGCAUAGCGAAGCACCAACACGACACAAUAAACUCGUAAAACACAAUCACAAAAUAAUAAUAGGACAAUUUUAUCUACCCAAAGAGUGACCAACGCAGACGUCAGAAACGGGCUGCACAUCGACGGCGAUGCAGGCAGUGAUGAGAAGGGGAAACUGGAAUUAUUUGGACACGGGAUGGCCAACAGGAAAAUGAAAAGUGUCGUUGUUCGGGUAAAAUGGAAGGAACAGGAAAGAGGGGAAGACCUCCGAGAAAAUGGCUUGGCGGCAGAGUCAGAGAUUGGUGUCAGAAAGAUGUUGCACUACUUGAGCAUUUUGGCACAAGACAGAGGAGUUUGUAAACAUGACGAAAUGUGCAGUGGACACCUUACGGGGCUCUCUGCCCAUGGAUCGUGAUGAUGAUGUGGCGAUAAACCGUCGUCAUUAAGAUGAACAUCCUAUCUUGGGACGUUCUAUCCGGCAGCCCUAAUUAACAGCCGUGACUCGUGUGACCUGUUUCUCUUUGCGCAUGUUCAUCAAUUGCAUGUUGUGUGACUCCCGUGAAAGGCACGGGACACGUCAUGUAUGUUGAUCCCUUCUGGAUCGACAACAGCGGAGCCAGACGUGACAAAAGGGGACACGGCACGGCCUGUUUGUUACCCGUGCAUCCAUAAAUUAAAAUCGAUUGUGACGUGCAAGA